AAUGGUGGCGAGCACUCGGGUCCAGAAGCUGCUACGUCGCUAUAAACUUGCAAUCGCCGCUGCUUUAACGAUCCUCCUGAUCCAGGGUUUGGUCGUAUGGAGUCUCCGGAGUCUAGAGGAAGGAGAGGCUGAGCGCAGGGAGCGGCGGUCUAAGCUGCCUGAUCACAACAACCAGGAUGUGAGGAAAGCCUCAGAAGCCAAGGGGCAGAAUGCCCUGUCUGGGGGCUACUAUGGCCGGGGGAAUCACGACAUGGAACGGCCUGUUGUCACUCGUCCCAUCAGGAAAGGGGGGAAGCGAAGAAUGAAGCCCUCUAUGAUAGAAGAAGUCGGAGUGGUGCCGGGAGCUGGAGAUGUUAUUGCCCCGUACGAUCCAUCCAGCAGCCGUAACUUCACCGAUACAAAAGGGCAGGACGGAGGAAAAUUUCCACCAGGCGUUCAGGGAGAACCAGGGAGCGUCGAUGGUGCCGCUCAGGUCCCGAGCAACGACUUUGUGCCCAGCUGUGAGAUUGUUGGGAAGGACGCUCUGUCGGCCCUGCACCGUGCCGGAUCACGCCAGUGCCGGCAGGAAAUCGCUAACAUCGUGUGCAAACACCAGGCUGGAGAGCUGAUGCCACAGUCUUUACCUCAGUACUGCACUCAGCAUGGUAUUUUGUCCAGUGCUGGACAGCAAGCUGACAUUAUAGACAACGACUUGUCCAAAGUGGAGAACCCAGUCAGGGUGGCGUUCGUGCUGAUGGUUCACGGUCGAGCCGUGAGGCAGCUGAAACGGCUCCUCAAAGCCAUUUAUCACAAAGACCAUUUCUACUACAUUCAUGUGGAUAAGCGCUCCAACUACCUGCAUCGUGAAGUCCUGCACCUGGCUGAUCUGUACCCGAACGUGAGGGCCACACCCUGGCGCAUGGUCACUAUCUGGGGCGGGGCCAGUCUGCUGAAAGCCUACCUGCACUGCAUGCAGGACCUGCUCUCUAUGCUCGACUGGAAAUGGGAUUUCUUUAUCAACCUGAGUGCCACAGAUUUCCCCACUAGGACCAACGAUGAGCUGGUGGCUUUCCUCUCACAGAACCGUGACAAGAACUUCCUGAAGUCUCAUGGCAGAGAGAAUGCCAGGUUCAUUAAGAAACAAGGUUUGGACAGACUCUUCCAUGAGUGUGAUAACCACAUGUGGCGGCUGGGUGAGCGCACCAUCCCCGAGGGCCUGGACGUGUCCGGCGGCUCUGACUGGUUUUCACUCACGCGCCGCUUUGUGGAGUACGUAGUCAGCACUAAGGAUGAGCUGGUGACCGGACUGAAGCAGUUCUACACCUAUGCCCUGCUCCCUGCUGAGUCUUUCUUUCACACAGUCCUGGGCAACAGCCACAUGUGUGACACGCUAGUGGACAACAACCUGCGAGUUACUAACUGGAAUCGCAAGCUGGGCUGCAAGUGCCAGUACAAGCACAUAGUGGACUGGUGCGGAUGCUCUCCCAAUGACUUCAAACCUGCUGAUCUCAUCCGAAUUCAGCAGCUGACACGGCCCACAUUCUUCGCCCGAAAGUUUGAAUCCACUGUCAAUCAGGAGGCCAUUUAUAUUCUUGAUACCCACCUGUACGGGCAAUACCCACCAGGCACUGUGGCGCUCAAGGCCUACUGGGAAAGUCUGUUUGAGCGGGAGGAUGGAGUGGGAACUCUCACCGAUGUGGCACUUACAGCCUACAUGUCCUUCUUCAGACUUGGUCUCUCUAGUCAGAAAACCAUGCAUGAGGCUUGCAGGUUUGUGCCUGUUGCCUACCCUAUAUCUGUCCAUCUCUAUUUCUACGACGACCGUUUCCAGGGCUACCUGGUGCGCCAGGAGGUGAAGAGCAUGGCACCUGGGAAGAAUGAAAUGCUGGAGGUUUGGGUUGUUCCUCAGGCCACUCUUCAGCUAGAGAGCAACCUGAACGAGUUUGAGAGGUUGAAGAACCUUGAGGUGGGAACAGAGUGGGACCCCAAGGAGAGAAUCUUCCGGAACUUUGGUGGAGUGAUGGGCCCGUUGGACGAGCCCGUAGCGGUGCAGAAAUGGGCACGUGGCCCCAACCUCACAGCCACCAUAGUGUGGAUCGAUCCGGCUCAGGUGGUAGCGGCAUCUUAUGACAUCAGCGUGGACGUAGAGGCGGAGUUUACACAGUACAAGCCACCGCUUCAGCGUCCUCUCAGGCCCGGAGUGUGGACGGUCCGUGUGCUGAGGCUGUGGGAGCGUGUGGCCGAAGCUCGCUUUCUGGUCAUACCUCUAGUUUUUAAAGGAAAGGAGCCAUUUCAUAAAGAGGAGCACAGCUGGCUGCACGCAGGUCCUGCAGGCAACUUUUACCUGGAGCAGGGCUUCCAGCAGCUUGCUCAGGUUCUGAAGCUGCCUCCCAUGGAGCCUGCUCUGGAGGAGUCUAAGAAGAAGGCCUCUCUAGUGGGCAAGGCUCUGGAGGGUUGGGUGGACAGCUUAGUGGGUGCCUUUUGGGUAACUGGAGACAUGUGUUCCACUCAGAGCUCCCUUUGUCCCAGCGUACAGCCCUGCGCCAAGACUAGCUGGAGCUCUUUGUCCUCAGAUCCCAAAUCCGAACUCGGUGCGGUAAAAAGCAACGGCCGCAUCAGGUAGCUCGUAACAUUUAUAGCGAGCAAGGAUGAGAACACUAAUGAACUCCAGGGUACAGGAUGAGGAACUCCUGGGAACGAUGUUUACGGGAUAUGGGUCUCUCGGAUCAUCCCACUGUUUUCUGCUCGAGGCACCUUGUGUUGAGGAUUGGUGUCAGGGACAAUCUAAGAGAAGAACAUAUUGACAUUUGCACAUGAGAACAUUUUCUAAUUUAGUUCAUAACGUUACAAGUUUGUGUUUUGGUGGGGUUGUGUCCGUAUGCAGUCUUGAUUUGACGAGAUAGAUGAUGCAAAACCCUUAACCUCAACAUUUCUUUUUUUUUCUUUGUAUUUUGAGAACAAAUCAAAAAAGUGCACAUUUUCCUCUGCGUAUACAGUAAUGGUAGCGAAUUGUUGUUAUAUAUAUUUUUUAAUUUAAGCUUUACAACCUGUUGAAAGGUCAGUGAUUUGAGUCCUGCAGCCCAGUGGCUGUCACGUGAGUUGUGAAAAGCGAAGCCAGGGGGGCCGUUAAGGUUUUAUUUUGUGUUGGAAUUCGCAGCCCACUAAUAUGGCGGAGUGUGUGAAUUCAAUAGGUUUUACUCCAUUCUCAAGAACUACUAAAACAAAUAGGCCUGUAGAAUAAUGUUAGCGAAAAACCUAACGUGUCAUGCUGGUGGCAAAGAAGAUAAAUGCUUAAUCAUUUCAAUUAUUACCACACAAAUGAUUUAGAAUUGUCUGUGUUCUGUGAAAUAUAUUUUACAUUUAAAUGGGGUCUCUGGCUGCAAAAAGGUUUUAGCCUGUAUUGUUUUAAUUUUAUUUCAUGUUUCGGAUAUCUAAACUUCAGAAACCGAUUGAUUAAGUGCACUUUACUGUAAGAGAAACGUCUGAAUGACAGAUGAUGAUGUGGAGCUUCUGAAGUCAAAAGAUCUGUGGCUCCAUUUAAGGAUCUUUUCAAGUGCUGCUUAUUGUGUCACACUUUUAUCGAAUCGUAUAGAGAUGAACGAAACGGACACGCGCCACCAAAUAUCCCUCGAUACGAAGAAAAGGAAAAAUUGUUACGUGUGUGUUUGGUAAUGCUGUGACUGACUUCUGUGUGUGUUUGGAAUGGCUUCUUUUGAAAUGAUGCCAUAUAGAUGUUUACCACUGCAUUUCUUUUUUUCAUUUUUUCUACACAAGCACAUAGGUGGUAUCACUAGCAGCUGAACGAGUUGAUCUUUCCGAUGAUCAUCGUCUUGCCCUCCAGAUGUAAAUGCCAUGAAUGCCAGAUCUGCCACUAAUGCAUAACCUUCAGCCAUUACCUCUUUAAUUCCUAAAGGUCAAACUGUCCUAGACAUGGACGAUCACACGGGCACUUUGGCGCUUGCCCUGUUCGUUGCAGAAUUCUAAUAGAAAGCUCCUGAGUAAUGCAAUUUAUUACCGUUUCUUAUUAUUUUGUGCAUACAGGUUUUUUUUUUCAGCCUCCUACUGCAAUGCAGUAGAUCCUCAUAGUGGGUGGCUGAACAUAGUGUCAAUGAAGUAUGGCAUUAUUUCUUGUCACAGUGUGUCAUAUGAUAUGUUUUUGCACAAGCUUUUCAUUUCUGGGUUUAGGAAUCCAGUGGUGGACAAAUCCUUCUCAAAGCUCUAAUGUGAUGACCAGUUAUAUGUUUUAAUUGGCUGGAGCCUUGAUUGUCAAGGCUAAAACUCGGUAGCUGGCACGAUCAAAUUUUUUGCCCGUGGUCAACAAAUCAUUGGUCGACGUUUGGCUACAAUAUGUGAAUGUAGCAAGUAGUGGGAUUCGAGACCAUGCUGUAGUUGCAGCAUCGCUUCACUGUUCCAAACCGACCAAAUCACUAGUUGUUGAGGAAAAGGGGGAAAAAAAUUGCUAAUGGCCACUAUGAAUAAAAAUACUUGAUAUAAAAAAACAGCAUGUAGAUGUAAUAAUAAAUAUUUUCAAGGAGCCCUGGGUAGCAAUUUGUCCAUCUCUGAAAUACCUCGCUGAAAAGGUCAAAUUGGCUUAUUUUGCACAGCCAAUAAAGACUAAUUCUUUUAUAGUGUUUUUUUUUUUUUCUUCUUCCUUCAUAUCUUAUAUUUCAGUUUGGUGCAGAUGUCUUUAUACACCUGCAUUCAGAGAAGCCUAGUGUUUUAGGACAAGUAAAUGGUCUGUGUUUAUAUGUAAGCAUACAUAUCUAUAUAAAGUGGUGCAUUGUGAGAAUCAAUGGAUUAUUUUUGUAUUUAUAAUUCCUCCUGGAGAGGGAGGGCCAUAUUUUUUAUCUGUUAAGUCAUGUCAGGAACGCUGCUUCAGUCCAGUCUGUUUCAUGACCCUUUGUCAUGCAUUAUCCGUGUCUCAUAAAAAUGGUACCUCGACUGGAGUCGUUUCUAGGGUUUUUAAUAGGCACCGAUGGCUUCACUGUCGAAAUGAGUGUUUGGACAAAUAUGGUAAAAUUAUAAUGCAGAGAUGUUUCUGUUCCCGGACACAAUAAAUAUGAAAUCAAUGGUA